AUGGAAAAACUGGCUCGUCCCUGGGUCGUCCCAGAUCUUCUUCGCAUGCUUCAGGUGCUUUUUGAUGCAGCGAUAGAGACGCCCAGUAACGAGAGAAGAGCGGGCAGUUGGUUGAGUUCUUGCCCGGGGUGCUGGUGUCUGGGCACCCACAGCCGCUUCCUUCUCUGGAGAGCACAUUCUUACUGUGUUUCUAUUGAAAAGGUCUUGAUAAAAUAUAUUACACAAGGCUGGCAGACUUGGGUUAGUGUUGUGAAGAGCCAAUUAACCUUCCUUUAUGUGUUUGGGGUGUGGGUGCUUCUGUUUUGCACCUCUGUCCUGUUGUUCCUACUCAUUAUAUCUCAUUCCCUCCCCAGUUCCUAUGAGAUAAUCAUCAGCAGGGGAUGGAACGGGAGCUUGAGUCCUUUCUGCAGCAGUUACAGCAGCACAAGAUACAACUGCAGCCAUACCCCGAGUCUGUACACGGCACUGCUACUCCCAGCUGAGAAUGUUACAGGGAGUAGGAGUCUGACCCUCGGGGAUGGGCUGCACUAUGGCAGCUUCUACAAUGCUCCCCUGAGCCCACAUCAGAACUACACGGUGUACCUGAGAGUCACCAGCACAUGGAAGCAGGUGAAUAAAUCCUCCUGCACCAGAUUUGAUCCCUUCCUCAUCGCAGGAAACCAGCCCCUCCCACCUACACUGAUUGGAGGACUUGCAGGGGGCGGGGCCCUACUGCUGCUCCUGGUGGUCCUGCUGGCCUUCUGCAAGCUGGGAUUGGUCAGAUCUGCAAUGUGUCAGUCUUCUUUUGGCCUGUCCAAUUGGAUCCCAAUGGGCAACAGAAAUGCUCAUGGUAAGAAGAAGAGAGACAUUCCAGUCGAUGAUCUACUUGAGGUUGUAAAAAGGUUUCGGAAUGAGGAGCUGUUGGUCAAUAAAGAGGGUGAUGAGGAGAAUUCCAACAUGUUACCUGUGGGGCGUCCCAAGGAAUACAAGGAACUGCCCUCGGGCCCCUUGUACCCCUGUGCCGCUGCCUCAUCUGAGCAGAACAAAACUAAGGACCGAUACAAAAAUGUUAUCCCUUUUAAGUACAACUAUAUCUGUAACUCUGUGGUACUCAUUUACCCAGAAUGCUCAGCAGCUCUCACGCUCUGUGUUUGCUCCUCAGAUGAUAACUGCCGUGUGAUUCUGCGAUCAAACCCCUCAGGGUCGGAUUAUAUCAAUGCCUCGUACAUAGAUGGAUACAAAGAGCCCAAAUUCUUCAUAGCUACCCAAGGUCCCCUCCCAGAGACGUUGGCAGAUUUCUGGCACAUGGUUUGGCAGGAGAAGAGCUCAGUCAUUGUGAUGCUGACGGCUUUAGAGGAGCAGAACAAGGUAAAAUGUGAGCGUUAUUGGCCAGAAGAGAUCCAGACAUAUGGAGACAUCAGAGUUUCAGUAGAAAGUACGAGCCAGACAGGAGCUUUCAUUAGCCGCAGCUUCACCCUACAGAAGGUGGGAGACUCAGCCCAAAGGACAGUAGAGCAUCUGCAUUACCUGCAAUGGCCGGACCAUGGAGUUCCCAGUAAGCCAUCUGGGCUUCUGCAGCUGAUGGACCAGAUGAAUAAGUGCAAGCUUCCCGGGUCAGGCCCAGUUAUAGUGCAUUGCAGUGCAGGGAUUGGUCGGACGGGGACGCUGCUGGCGCUGGACAUAUUGCUGAAGAGGGCACGGGCCGAGGGCAAGGUGAAUGUCUAUGACUGUGCCCUCCAGAUGCGCAGGAGACGACCCAAUAUGAUACAGAACCAGGGUCAGUACAUGUUCCUGUAUGACUUGUUGCUGGAGACACUUGUGUGCAGUUCCACCAGUCUGCCAGUAGAGGGAGUCCUGACUCACAUGCGCCACAUGCAGACCCUGGAUCCUGGAACCAACACAUCCGGCUUCACCAGGGAAUUCCAGGCUGUGGAGAAACUAACAGAACUGUAUAGAAUCUGCUCGUACAGAGAAGCCCAUGCGAAUCACUGCAAGAAUCUUCAUCCCGACAUCAUUCCAGGUGAUCACUGUCGUCCAAUCCUAAUGUCUGUGAUGGACCAACAUGGCGCCCCUGGUUACAUCAAUGCUGUGUUUAUAAAUUCCAACAGCCAAGAGGAUCAGUUCAUUGUCACUCAGCUCCCCAAAUUGGAGACACUGCCGGAUCUCUGGUCCCUGGUGUGGGAUUAUAGAUGCACCUCCAUCAUUGUGAUGCACCCGGCGCAGGACAUACGGCGGCUUUGUCCGCACUUCUGGCCGGUGUCUGGGGAAUCAACUUACAGCAACUUCCAGGUCAAGAAGAUUUCCAGCCUAAGAGACAGCGGCUUCUCUGGGGCGACACUUCACUUGCAGCAUAAGAAAGAGCCCAUCCUUGAGGUGCAGCUGUGGCAUCUGGACUCUUGGCCUAAAGACAAACCUGUUCCACAGAACCCGGGGGCCAUCAUUAGCCUCAUUGGCAAAGUGGAGCGGCUGCAGCAGCAGGACAAAGAGAGUCAUGUACUUGUGAUCUGUAGUGAUGGGGCAACCCGGUCGGGCAUUUUCUGUGCUGGAAGUUUAAUAUGUGACCAGAUCCGCAGCGAUGGAUUCCUGGAUGUUUCCCAAUCAGUGAGAUCCCUCAAGAGACGGAGAAGACAACUUAUUCCUAAUGUAGAUCAGUACUCGUUCUGUUACUCACUGGCUAAGACUUAUUUGGACUCCUUUGAGACCUAUGGGAAUUUCCAGUAGAAUUCCGGAGCUGUUGGACAUGGGAGAGGACCAGGAACUGCCGGUCAGUCUGACCUGAGCCGCACUGCUGACAUUUAGUUCUGUAUAUCUAAAAUGUUCUGUAUAUUUCUAACCAAUAAGAAAUAAUAUUUCAGAAAAUAAAGACAUUAAAUUAUAAUAAAGUUAUUUUAUGGAUUUAAUUAUAAUAUGUUGUUAAAGCCU